CUGCCCGGGGCCCGGCGGCUGGGCGGACAGGAGAGCGGCGGGCGAAGUCGCGUCUGCAUGUGCGGCACAGCCCCGGCAUAGCCCGGGGCUGCCAGUGCCCGCCGCGCCAUUGUUGGGGGAGGGGGCGGCUUCUGAGCUCGGCGGAGUCGGGGGACGAGCGGAGGCGGCGGCGGCGGCGGCGAGGAGUGAAGGCGCCCCAUGGGGAACUCGCUGUCUUGUUGCCUGUCCCCCAAUGCCUGCCGCAAGUUGGGCCGGCGCAGGGGGUCAGUGGAGCCGGACUGCGAGUCUGAGGUCUACAAGGCGGCGGCCGGGAACGCGGUGGCAGUAGCUCCGGCGGCGGCUACCGUGGAACCCGCCGAGUUGGAUUUCGCAGGUGGCGAAGGCCACCACCUGCAGCACGUCAGCGACCGGGAGAUGCCCGAAGACUUAGCUUUGGAACCAAACCCUUCUGACCACCCAAGGGCAAGCACAAUUUUUCUGAGCAAACCUCAAACAGAUGUGCGGGAAGAGAGGAAGAGCAACCAUUUAAACCAUGUAUCUCCAGGGCAGCUUACUAAAAAGUAUAGCUCAUGCUCAACAAUAUUUCUAGAUGACAGCACAGUCAGCCAGCCUAAUCUUAGAACCACAGUAAAAAGUAUGACCUUAGCAAUAUAUUACCACAUAAAGAACAGAGAUGCAGAUAGAUCCUUGGAUAUUUUUGAUGAGAGAUUACAUCCACUCACACGAGAAAAGCUUCCAGAGGAAUACUUCGAGCAUGAUCCUGGACACAAAUGCAUUUACAGAUUUGUUCAUACUCUUUGUAGUGCCGCACAGCUAACUGCUGAAAGUGCAGUAGUAACUUUGGUUUACUUAGAAAGGCUUUUAACUUAUGCUGAGAUCGACAUUUGCCCCACUAACUGGAAAAGAAUUGUUUUGGGAGCCAUUCUUCUUGCCUCCAAGUUUUGGGACGAUCAGGCUGUAUGGAAUGUGGACGACUGCCAGAUCCUCAAGGACAUUACAGUUGAGGACAUGAAUGAGAUGGAAAGGCACUUCCUGGAGCUACUUCAGUUUAAUAUUUAUGUUCCUGUCAGUGUGUAUGCCAAAUACUACUUUGACCUUCGCUCCUUAGCACAUGACAACAACCUGAAUGUUCUAUUCGCUCCUCUUAGCAAAGAAAGAGCACAGAACUUAGAGGCCAUUUCCAGAUUGUGUGACGACGAAUACAAAGACGUGUGUAGAGCUGCUAUGAGAAGGUCUUUCAGCGCUGAUCAUUUCAUUGGUAUUCGGCGCUCCAAUGCCAUCCUCUCUUAAGGGAGAAGUGAGGGGUUGUAACAUCAUAAACCCCUCGAAACAAGAACUGGAGAAAUAUCACCUCUCCUGCUCAGAAACCAGCAAAGUUAGUAUUUUCACCUUAAAGAAAGACAUUGAAUUCAAGAGACUCAUGGACAAGCGAAGAUUAUGCUCAUAGGAAAGAACGGGACCUCGUCAAUGUAACACGCUCUUCUGUCCUUUUUAUUGUAAACAGAGUUACAAAAACCACUCCAAAGCUAAAAGCUCCCAAUCCACGCACAGAUAUCUGCUCCCAAUCCACACACAGAUAUCUGAUAGCUGUGAACUAUG